AUGUAUGUUCAUAGAUGUCGGUUCGUUGAAUAUACACCUGCAGCGAUCAAUGCACUGGCUUUUACGCCAUUAUCAACUCAGCCUCUCCUUGCAUGUGGUCGAGCUAAUGGUGAGAUUGAAAUAUGGAAUCCUACUCAACUUCUAAUUAAAACUCUUAUGAGAAAUGAUGCCAAAGUUAUGGCAUUGGCUUGGAACAAUGAUGACAAAUUUAUCGUUUCUGGCUCAUCUGAUUGUAAUAUCGUUAAAUGGAAUGUUCAUGACGAUGGCACAAUCGUUAGCGGCGAUUCGUUAGGCAAUGUCUGUUUUUGGGAUAGUAAACAUGGCACCAUGUUACAAAAAUUUAAAGCACAUGAUGCAGAUGAAGGUACUAUGGUCUUUUCAUCCGGAGUUGAUCGUAAAUGUAAUUUAUUUCGUAUGACCGAUAAUUUCGCCGCUCAAUCGUCUAAUGAUACUGAUUCCAAUGAAGAUAAUUGGGUUUUGGUGGGGUUUCGAAGAACACAUUUACAUGAUGUGAAAGCAAUUGCUUUAAGGGAGGAUUUAAGUGAUAAAUUUUUUGUUUCUGGGGGUGUGGAUACUUCAAUUUUGGUUUCACAUUUUGAUGGUUUUCCCGAGGACAAACUCCAACGAUUACCUUUUAUUCCUCAAAAACCUUUGAUCAGUAUUUCAAAAUCAAAAAAGCUUUUGAUGUAUCGAAGUACUAAUCAGAUCAAGAUGUGGAGAUUGGCCAAAUUGCAGGACUCUUGGCAACUUGAACAGAUUCCAAACCUGGAUUUAAUUGAACCACAGAAAGCAAUUUUGGAAAUGACCUUGAAGGGUAAUAAUCAUCUCAUGGCAAGUGCAUUAUCAGAAGAUGGCGAAUGGAUUGCAGUUUCUGAUGUAGAAACAAUAAAAGUGUUUAAAACCCAAAAUGAUCUUGUGAUAGUUCAUAAUGACUUUUCAAUAACAAUUGCUGAACUCGACAAUUCACAUUAUAAAGAAAUUAAAAUACUUAAACAAUUUUAUGAACAUGCUCAACCACUUGAUGGAAAUACAACGGUCGUCAAUUCUAUAGCUGUGAGCGGUGAUAGUCGAUGGCUUGCAGUAGGUGAUCUUUUGAACAGAAUUAAUGUGUAUAAUUUAAAAACCCUUGAGCUUCAUUCAACACUUCCCGAAUUCACUUCAACUCACACGGCAUUGGCUUUUUAUCCAACAAAAUCUACUCUUGUGAUCACUUUAUCUUCCAAUGAAUUUUUCCUUUAUGAUAUUGAAUCACAAAAGCUCGAUGAUUGGUCACUAACGUAUUCCAAAAGUCUACCAAAAACAUUUCUCAAUUUAGAGAAUAGGCUUGUUGGUUGCGCGUUUAAUCCUGCAAAUAAUGAUACAAUUAUACUUUGGGGAGCUAAUUAUUUUUGCCUUAUUGAUUUUGAUAAAUGUCGUAAAGAUAAGGGGCACCAACCACAUUUGGUUACGUGUACAGGAUUACGGGAAAAAUCAAAAAAUAAAGCAAUUGAACGGACACCAAAACAGAAUGGUCUAACGAAAAAAAGAAAAAGGGACAAAGCUGAAAAAAAUAUAAAAAGGGCCAGAGCUGAAAAAAUGAAUAAUUUCCAACUCGUUUAUAGAUAUCGCUCAUUAAUGUAUAUCGAUUUUAUUGAACCCAAUACUAUGAUAGUGGUAGAAAGGCCAUAUGCUGCUAUUUUGGAAAAUUUACCACCCUCAUUUUACAAAGCUCAAUAUGGGAGUGAAGGGGACAUUUUCUUUGAAGCAACUCCAGAAGUUGGCGUCGUAAAUGGUAAUAUGAAUCAAAAAAACCAGCCUGAAGACUCUAAUGCAGACCAAUUUAAUGUAAACAAAAAUGAAUUCAGAAAGAGAGAAAGAUUACAUGAUCAUUCAAUGUCUAUCGAUUCUGUAAUUUCUCCAAUGCAAUCGGUUUAUAUGACACCGCAAGACUCUACCUGUAAUUUAUUGAUAAAUGCGAUAAAACAGGCUGCACUGACUAAUCAUUACGACCCAAAAUUACGGUCAGAUUACAUAGCAACUUCUCCUACCACAACUCCAUUUUUUACGACACCGUCAACUCCCUUCGGCCCUGGUAGGCAAACCAUGGAUUUUAGUAAUGUUCAUGAUUUUAAUUUUGCAUCAAAUACUUCAAAACCACCUAUAAAUGUUGCCGUAGCAGAGAAAAUAAAAGAAUUUGAAUCACGAAUAAAACAAACUACCUCACAAUCAAAUUUAAAACCAAUAAUAGAAACUUCGGAAUCUCCAAAGUAUAGUUCUACUCCAAAAUCUAAUCAAUCUUCUGGAUCUCCGAGGUAUCAUCAUACUGUUGAACCUUCUUCAGGAACAAAUACUUUUGUAGCAGAUUCUUAUGAUCACAUUGAAAUUGAAAAAGACACUAUAACAUCUCCAGUAACACCUUCAGGUGGUUCACCAAUAGAACAAAUAAAUGUGAAUAAUCAUUUUUCAGGAAAAUCUACGGUUGAAAAAUGGUUUACAUCAUCAGAGAUUACUGAAGAUAAUCGCAUAAGUAAAGACCAUCGUAUAAAUUUAACUUUAAAUACAAAUACCCAUAGUAAACGGAAUUUAUCAAGGGAUGUAAUUAUGGAAGAAACAACAGAUACUGUAAAAGAAAUAAAUAAAGAAGAGAAUUAUAGAAGAAUAUCAAAAGUUUCUUAUGUGACAAGAGGUGAUACAACUUCUAAAAGUGAUAGCACUACUGAAGUUGGCGGGACAGAGUCUCCGAUAUCUUUAAAAAGAGUUUCUGAAAAAGAUGUCCUCUCUCCUACUUCAUCGAAAACAUCAUCAAAAAGAAUCUCUAAAGAAUCAACCAUACUAUACCUUAAUAACCCGAAUCAAAUUCCUAAAAUCAUCACCGACUUCAAAGCAGGUGAAGAUAUUUCAUGGAUAAUUACUUCUUACAACGUAGCAGGUUUAGUAUCACUCGUGGCAAUAUUCAUUUUUGGAUCCGGUUCAAUAUUAUGUGGUGCUGCGCAAAAUAUUCAAUGGUUAAUUUGCGCAAGAGCUCUAAUGGGAUUGGGUGGUGGAAUUAUCAUACCAACUGUAUUUACCAUUAUAUCGGAUGUCGUUCCUACUCUUCAACGUAAUCCUUUCAAUAAUUCUGUCAACUUUGCUUUCGCAUUUGGAUUGGUUUUAGGUCCAAUUGUUGGUGGUUUAUUCGCUGACUAUUUAUCUUGGAGGUGGUCAUUUUAUAUGAAUGGUGUAUUAUCAAUUAUACCCAUUAUAUCAUUAUGGUUUGUUUCAAUACUUUAUGCUCCAACUGAUCCGGUGUUCACAAAGUUAAAACUUGUAGAUUGGCUAGGAAUUGUCCUGCUGGCGGUUGCUUCUACUGUUGGCCUUUAUCAUCUUCGAGAUAAAAUAUGCUGA